GGGUUAACGACGGAGUGGAGAUGAUUAAUUAGACAUCACGACCACGUUUAAACAACCACUCUGAAGCUUUUAACACUGAGCGGAGAGAGGUUCCCAUCAGCGCAAAUGGCAAAGCGCGCAACACAAGAGCGGGAUUUCUGCCGUUUGUUGCGUUAAAGUAGAUUUGAUGGAUGUGGAAAUUAAAAAAUGGCAUUUUACUUAAACAUAUAACCUUUGAGGUUCAUUUUAAUCAUCAUUUAUUAUCAUUUAUGAUAAUCAACGCGUUUUCAGUCAACAGUUUAUACGUUUUUAAAUGAGUCUUUGUCUUGUGUUGUGGUACAGGCAGCAGUGGCUCUACUGUAACAUCUGUCCAUAGGUCUUUAUUUAUAGUUAAUUCAAAUAUCGCCAUAUUGUCUCCUCCGCCCCCCCCGUUCAUUGAUUGCUGCUCUUUCUCGCCUGUGAUGAGGCUGAAGUGGAACUGAGUGCUGGCUUUGGCUCAUUAAGGUGUGGUGGCGCUGAUAGGCCGGGGACGGUGACAGUGCGUUGACGCGUCUGGAUGCCCGCAGAGCGCUGGCAGCGGCGUUUGCGGGGGUUAUGGGGUCUGCAGGUGCCGCGGGCUCGCGCGUCGACUGCUGAUGCCUCUGCGCUUUGUUCCUGACGCGCGAAGGCGCAACACUGCGCUCCCGCAGACCGUGACCCGCUCAGGUCAAUCCUCCAGCCGUGCACGACUCGUCGUCGUCUGCGCUGUUUGCCCCACGCAUUGUGCAGGUUUGAUUGUUCCAUACAGUCACGUGCGUCGUAAUCAUUCGCUGCGUGUUUGCAUUUUGACGUAUCACAACAGCCCCUGCAACACGGCCGCCUACACUGCCCACACAACAGACCUGAUCCCACUGAUCCCACAGCACCAGCCUACUGGUCUCACUGGCUGAGACGACGAGCCGCUUUUCUCUCCACGAACAAUAAAUUGGUUUUGAGGUGAUCCUGAUGAAGUGGGCGUGUCUUCUGCGUCUGCACCGAAAAUGACGUAGAUUGCAUUAAACGCAAUUAAUCAGGCUAAAUUAUGUUAAGGUGGCACGUGUGUGUCGUCCUGACAAAGGGACGUCGUUGCGAUGUUUUGACGGACUGAGUCACCGGCGACACUUUGCGGCAGCCGGUGAUUAACCGCAGCAAAGCGGUGGCGCCACGCAGCUCCGCCGUGGGCCACGACCACGGGAGAAGGUUAUGAGGGCGAUGUUACACACGAGACACGGAGACAAAGCGCCAUGAGUCAAAUAUCAUUCGGACCUCAAACAUAGUGAAGAGUCAGUGAGCAAACUGCAGGGGUUCAAGGAUUUAUCUGUUGAAUUGACGUCACAACACGUGUUGCCUGCAUCUGUCUCACAUUCGUGCAAAACCUGUAGCAGUUCAACUCUCUGAACCUCUAACAUCUGAGAAAAUGAUCCGUUCCGUAAUGGCGUUCGACUAGACGGAGCUGAGCGGUUUAAUUGAAGGUUAUCACAAAUGAAUCAACCCCAAAGCAAAAUGCCGAGGCUCAUCUGUGCUCAGAGGAAGCAGCUGUCGCAGGUCUGGAGGGUCCGACGCGCGUGAACGACUGUUCAUCACGUCCGCUCACACUUCACUCUCAGCUCGUCUUUCUUCUUCUCGCCUUCGAUUUUCUCUGACUGACAAUGACUGGACACUGUCGCGCCUCUAACGCGCUGGCGCUCCUUCUCCUGCUGACGGGGGCUUCCUUCCUCCACCCGUCCGACUCCCACCCCGUCGGCUCCGCUCUGGAGGAGGAGGAGGCGGGACGAAGGGCAAGAACGGACGAGGAGCGGCGGCCGGCGCCGAAAGACGACGCAGGAGACGAGCUCUUCGAGGAUGUGGACCCCAAAACUCUAGCAGCCGUUUUACUGGAGGCACUGAAUCACUCACAUGUGGAGAGGAGAGGGGAAGAGGGCGAUAGGGUGGAGGAGGAGAGGAAGUCUGAGGAGGGAGAGGUUAAAGAGGAGGACACGGAGGAAGACUUAGAUGGAGAUCAGGAGAUAAGGAGGUUGUUGGCCACGCGGGGCAACGAUAAGGAAAAGGAAGAGGAGGAGGAGAGGAGGAAAGCUCAGGAAGAAGAAGAGGCCAUGACAGAGAAAGUCACGAGUCGCACCACCAGCCACACAGCGCAGGUCCAGGCUGAGCAUCAGCUCUCCGGUCCAGGCAACAGCCCGGACGGUGCUGAGCAACAGAAGGGGCCGAGCGCACCUGAGCAAGGCAGCAACGAGAAGGAGGAGCAGCUCAGCUCCGGGGAGCUGAAGAGCCUCGAGGCGAUGAUGAAGGAGUUCCCGCGCGUGAACGCGGCCGCGAAGAGGGACGGCGACGGCCGGGAGAAGCAGAGGGAGAGCAGAGGCUACAGCAGCCACGGCGGCAGCACCCUGGCCAUGUCCAAGAAGAAGCUGAAGUGGCAGGAGGAGACGCAGAAGGCCAUGAACUUCCCGACCUUCAGGGGAGGCAAUUUCAUGGAUGAUGUGGUGGGAAGUGAUUACGACACAUAUGCAGCGCAAUCCCCGCCUCCAGCAGCGAAGGCGGAGGCGGAGGCGGGGGGCGCUGAGCCGGAGCAGAGGGAGGAGGAGGAGGAGGAGGAGGAGGAGGAGGAGGUGCUGAGCCCCGAGGAGGAGGAGGCCCGGGCCAGAGCGGAGCAGGAGGAGAUGAGGCGGCAGGCCGCCGAGGCGCAGAGGGCCAAGAUGGAGGAGGAGAAGCUGGCCGACAUCGCCUCCGACAUGCUGCUGCGCUACAUGGUCAAACAGGGCGGCGGCAGGAAGUACGGCGGCGCGCCGGCCAACGCCGCCGAGGACAAGAGGUCCAACGAGGUGCUGGAGGUCACGGAGGAGGACGACAUCGACCCGCAGACCAUCGACAAGCUGAUCGAGAUCUCCAGCAAGCUGCACCUGCCGGCCGACGACGUGGUCGACAUCAUCAGCGACGUGGAGAAGAAGAAGAAGAAGAACGCGAGCCCGGAGGCGGCGGCCCGCUGGCGCCGGCCCGGCGGCGCCGGCGCCGCCUCGUCCGCCGCCGCCGCCGCCGCGCUGUUCCCCCCCAACGACGGCCUCCGGACGCCCGAAGGCCCCGACGACGAAAGAAACGAGCCCGUCUCCAGGCAACCCGCAACCGCCGUCAACCGGCUGAAGGCGUGGUUCCGGGACAGAGCUCCGACCAAGUCCCUGGACCUGUGGAGCCGACCCCCCAAGCCCCCGCUGGCCGAGCCGGGUCUCCGGCCCAAACCCCAGAAGCCUCUGCCCGUUUAUCAGGACCUCUGGCUCAAACCGCCCGUGUCCGUUUGGAGCAGCCACCGCUCGUACCCGUCCUACUACCAGCGCUACCCGGACGCCUACCCCGUCUACGCGCCCCCCCCCUCCAGGCCCAAGUUCCGCUACUACGUCCGCAAACCCGCCCUGAACCUGGACGCCCUGCUGAGGGGCGCGGCCCCGCGCCGCUACGUGGACUGGGCGCGGCCCUGGCUCCGGAAGCGCCCCCUGGAGCUCCAGCCCCGGCGCUACUACGCCUCCUACCCGCUCCCGCCGCAGCCCUGGACGUUUCCGCCUGCGCCCGUGCCCAGGUCCCGGCCCCUCCCCCGCACGGCGGCCGCCCCCGCCCCGCAGAGGCGCCUCUACUACCCGGCGCCGGCGCCCGCGGCCGAGGAGCUGAGGAAGAUGUUCAUGAACAGGCCCAGGCUGCUGGACUGAGGGAGAGCGAGGGCGAAGAGUCGAGAAGUGACGGCUGAGCAGCGAGGAGCACGAUUCUAACCUUUAGUUUGGCGACGUCUAGUUUCUUUCUCCUGUUUUCACCGGUUGCUGUCUGGACAAAGGGAAGAAGAAGAAAGCAGCAUGAGUCACGUGUUUUAUACUGUAUGUGCUGAGACCUGGCUGCUGCUGCUGCUGCUGCUGCUGCUGUACGUCGGGCUCAGUCAGGAUCCCCUUUCAUCAGUGAGACUGUUGGGACGGUUCCGAAUGGGUUUGUUGCAUUAAAGCAGAAAACGGGACCAGCUGUCGGCAUUAACCCUUUAACUACGUCACCAUAAAUUCAAUGAAAGCUUCAUUUCUCUGUGGACUUGGGUUCAGGGCUAAGUUAACAUCAGCCAGUGGUUUCACGCUCAUGUCUCUGACGUGUGUUAGAUUUUUUGGGCUCAGAUCUGCUGUAUUAAACGCUGAACGUAGGAUCGAACUGUGAAUCAGAUCAAACCCUCAGAACACACUGGCAUCAGUGGUUCGUCCAAAUCCAGCACGAAACACCAGGAUUGGAGUCGCCUGCGCUGUGGAAUCAGUCCAACCCUCCGUGAUCACGGCAGAGAGUUGUUGGGCUGUCGUGGCCACGCCGCACACGCUGCAGCUUCUGCAGAAGCCACUAAACACAGAUCCCUGCUGCUUCAGCGCGUGGCUCGUCUCUGCGUGUAGCUGCAACUUUCAGCCUGGUCUUCUGUGUUUAACUGAUGAUGUGUGGCUUACGACACCAGAACCUUUUGUGAAAUUGGCCGUGUCUGAUGGUUUUUCUGGUUGUUCCUCAUCUUUUCUUAGCCUCUGAAUAAUUUGCUUUUCUCCCAUUUAAAUUGAUUUCAUGUUCAUUAACCCUUUGUAAAAGAAGGAAGACAGUUUGGAAAAACCAACAGUGGUCAUUUAGAGUCAUGAACUGACAAACAACUGUUUCUAAGGCUCUGGAUCAUCUUCAUCCUCUCAUCCUUCUAUAGUUGAAGGAUUUUAGUUUGUAUUCAUUUUCUUUAUCCGUCUGCUGAGAUAUUUUGGAAUUAUCUCUAGAGGGCACUGGGACCAGCUCCAUGUCUCUAUUAUCACAGUGAAGAUGGUCUGCAAAGACAAAAGUACUUAUUUAUCUCAAAGAGUCUGCAUGCAGUGGAUUAUAACACAACAUUUGAUACAAAGAGCUGUUGAAGCUGCACUAUAAUGGCUCGGAUGACUCAUCUUUUACAUAACUUCAAUUACCUUGUUGCUAUGGUGCCAAAUCCUGGUCAAACUCCACAUGGCAUUCUUUUACACCUGACACCUUCAGAGAACGCAGGAGGCACUUUGUUCUUUUACAAAGCAUGAGCGUGUGAAAAGGCGAAGCUGCCGUCAAAUGACUUUUCUUAUUGUUUGUAGUGCAUCGUCCGU